AUGUUCCUGAAUUAUGCUUUGGUGGAUGUUUUCACAAACACCCCAUUCCUAGGAAAUCCACUGGCUAUUGUGCGUGUGCCCGCAAGCUAUAAAUCCUCUUUAUCUCAAGAAAUCAAACAAAAAAUUGCUGUGGAGUUUAAUCUCUCGGAAACAAUUUUCCUGCAUGAGCCAUCCGAAGAUAGCCAGACCCCUGUCGAGUCUCUCACCAUCGAUACAUUCACACCAAAAUGUGAGAUUCCAUUCGCGGGCCAUCCCACGAUUGGAACCGCCGCCUAUGUCUUUCAGAACUAUCCAGCCGCUCUCUCUGCAAGUCUGAAAGACUUGGUGACCAAAGCGGGCCAUAUCCCCGUUUCGCAGGACGCAACAACCGGUCUUGUGAGCGCACACAUUCCAGUUGAUAUCCACAUAAACCAAGCACGGGUUCCUUCCAAUCUCUCCUUUGUCUCUGAUGCCUCGCCCGCCGUGUCUGUUGUGAAGGGCCUCUCAUUCGUCCUAGCCGCCGUCCGGGAUGUCGAGUCUCUAGGCAAGAUCUCCAGCGGAUUGAUUGAGGAUUGCGUCAACCCACCAUUUCUAGAUGAGGGAUGGAAUGUUGGCUUGAUCGGGACGAAAUACUAUGUCGACCUGGGAAAGGAUGAUCAAGGUUGCAGACAGCUUAGAACAAGGAUGUUCAUCACCUGGGAAGACCCUGGAACCGGCAGCGCGUCGUCUACAUUAGCCUGCUUUUUGGCAUUGAAAGAGCCAAAGGAGGUGGGCAGCGGACCUUUUCACUAUCAUAUUGUUCAAGGAGUGGAGCUGGGGCGAAGAAACGAUAUCUACGUCCGGGUAGUUCGGAGUGAGGAUGGGGAGAAGAUUGCAGAGGUUUUGCUUCAGGGCGAGGCUGUCUCGAUCGGCGAUGGGCGAAUUACAGUCCCGGGUCAGGGUAUAUAA